AUGUCAAUGGAUGUUGGUAUUGUUGGACUUGGCGUAAUGGGCGCCAAUUUGGCCUUAAAUAUUGCUGAAAAAGGCUUCAAGGUGGCUGUUUUCAACCGCACCUAUUCGAAAACCGAGUCAUUCAUGAAGGAAAACGCCUCUGUGCCAUUUGCCUCAAAUCUAAAAGCCUUUGAAACUAUGAAGGACUUUGUAGCUGCUCUCAAGAAGCCACGCAAGGUUCUCAUUCUUGUUCAGGCCGGUGCAGCGACGGAUGCCACGAUUGAGCAGCUCAAGGCGGUAAUGGAGAAGGACGACAUCAUUGUGGAUACCGGCAACGCCCACUUUAAGGAUCAGGGACGGCGGGCAGAGCAGCUGGAGGCGGCGGGCCUGCGAUUUCUCGGGAUGGGCAUCUCCGGCGGCGAGGAGGGCGCCCGCAAGGGACCGGCCUUUUUCCCCGGCGGCACGUUGAGUGUGUGGGAGGAGAUCCGUCCCAUCGUGGAGGCCGCCGCCGCCAAGGCAGAAGAUGGACGGCCGUGCGUCACGAUGAACGGCCGCGGGGGCGCCGGGUCGUGUGUGAAGAUGUACCACAACGCCGGCGAGUACGCUAUUCUGCAGGCGUGGGGAGAGGCGUUUGAAGUGCUGCGCGCGUUGGGGUUAUCAAAUGAUGAAGUGGCUUGUGUUUUUGAGGACUGGAAGGCAAAAGGAUUUCUUACAUCCUAUAUGCUGGAUAUCUCCAUCGCCGCAGCACGGGCACGGGACGCAGAUGGAAGUUACCUCACAGAACACGUGAAGGACUGUAUUGGUUCGAAAGGAACAGGACUCUGGUCUGCACAGGAGGCACUGGAAGUUGGUGUACCUGCCCCAAGUCUUAACAUGGCAGUCAUUUCACGUCAAAUGACAAUGUACAAAUCAGAACGUAUUGAAAAUGCUAAAGUGUUACCUUGUGUUGCGAAAGCUCCUGGAUACACUUUAAAGGAUAAGAGUCCUAAUGCUCCUGAAGUUCAACAACUUUAUCAUGCUAUGUGUAUCACUAUUGUAGCAUGCUAUGCACAAAUGUUUCAAUGCCUUCGUGAAUUGGAUAAGGUAUAUAAUUUUGGAUUAAAUUUACCUGCAACUAUUGCGACAUUCCGUGCUGGAUGCAUUCUUCAGGGUUAUCUUCUUAAACCUAUGACAGAAGCUUUUGAAAAGAAUCCCAAUCUCAGUAAUCUUAUGUGUGCCUUUGAAAAGGAAAUUUCAGGGGGAUUACAAUCUUACCGCGAUAUCGUGUCUUUUAUUACAUCAAAGACAGCAGUUUCACUCCCAGUUAUGUCAGCUUCCUUACAGUAUACAAACGCAAUGUUUACACCAACUCUUAAGUACGGUCAACUUGUUUCUUUGCAAAGGGAUGUUUUUGGUCGGCACGGAUACGAACGCUUUGAUAAAGAGGGACGUGAAUCUCAUAAAUGGCCUGAACUUCAGUGA